AUGUGGAGAGCAAUAAACCUCCAAGAUCAAGAAAAGAAUAAACAAUUCUGGGCAGAGGAUGCAUCUCAAUGGUAUCGAAAACUUUAUAAUCACUUGGUUAUUCUCGCGGGACAAGAUGAGUUUAAAACGUUAUAUUAUUAUUGUAGAAGCCUUAUGGUUGAUACACCCUAUAUGGCCGCUCGUGAGCCACUUAUUUGGUCAUUCGAAUCAAAUCAGCUUGUAUAUCAGAUUACAUGGAAUGAUUUUUACCAAGUUGGUCUUGAAUUUUUUGAUCAGAAUUUAGAAAUAUUUAUAGAUAAAUUAUUCAGAUUGAAAGAUAUUCAGAGUUAUAAUGAUACAAAUGGGACAAGGUUAACCACAUCAACUAAUAUGGAUUUUAAUCAAAUUCUAGAAUUAGAUCCAACCUUUGCUGAAGAAUCUAGGCUCACUUUUACUGAUACUUUGGUUCGAUUCCUCACAGAAAUUACCCAUAAAGUAUCUCCAUUUAUCAUAAAAGAAAUUAUAGAAUUUCCAUCAAAUAUUGAAGAUUCAAAUUCUAUAGAUCGUCUUCAUCCUCUUCCAUUAACUGAAGAUUGGGAAUUACAACCUUAUAUGUUUGAACAUGUACCUAAACCACAUAUAAAAUUUGUGGAUGAUGAUAUUAAACUUGUCAUAAAUAAUAUUAAUGAUGAUUUGAAUCUGAUUUCUGAUCAAGAUUCUAAAAGUCGCCAUAGAGCAAGGAUUAUGGAAUUGAGUUAUCUAUUAACUAAGAACAUCAUUGGUUUAGAUUUUAAUAUUGAAGAUAUCACUUUUACAUCUUCCUUAAAAUUAUUUGAUGAAACAUCUGACAAGGAAAAUGAUCAUCCUUCAAAUUUAUAUACUGAAGAUGAUGAAACUAGUCCGGUUACAACGAAAUCUACAGAUUUUUCCAAUAAUGAAUACAUUAGUGAUCACAAUGAGUCAGACGAUGAAUGGAUUAUGGAAUUGAAAUCUCGCAAACAAGAAUUAGAGAAUCUUUUAGCUGCAACUC